AUGCAGCAUACGCCGACCGGGUGGAGGGGCAUUGGCAACGGUGGUUUUGCCCCUAUUCCGCAAAUCGACACUCCAGAUGAGGAUGGCAAUGGUGAUCAGCAGCAGCGGAAGGUGACUCGUGAGGAAUUUAGCAGUCAAAUCCGACAAGUGCUCCAACGGAGCGCGUUAGAACAGGAACAGGAUCCCGACCAUAGGAGUCUGCAAGGCAGCAUUCACAGCUCUCCUGCUUUUUCUGACACCACGCUUGUCGGCGGCGAUUAUCUGGAUGUACCAAUUCGGCACUAUGAUGAAGUGGAUCUCGGAGACUUUGUCGAAUAUCAUGGAUAUUAUGGCCCUGAAGUCGUACGUCAUUCGCCAUCACCCAGCAUUAAGGCCAGUGUUGGGCUGGAGGUUUGCGCUAAGCCUGUCCCUUCUUCCUUAUCUUGUGAAGGACUCUAUGUAGACGACCUCUCGAACGACUUGAGCUAUCGUGGUUCGGAAGGGAAGAUCGAAGGGGAAGUUUCUUUUGAUAUUCCAAACUAUAGGCCGCCUGUCCUGAGAAGACGAUUUUUACUCAUUCUCUUCCUGAUACUCUUAAUUCUUGUCGGAUUAGCUGAGCUUGCAAUUCAACUUCUACCUAGCGAUUCCGGUACUGCUUCACCUUCUCAAGUGCCCAAUAGCACGAUCGAAAUCCGUCCACGGUCUCCAUUUACUGGCAAAAUUGGUCUAUAUAGCCCGAUGGAGCUCUUUAAACGUCAGAACAAUACUAGUCCCAAUAACCCGGCACCAGACACGACGACAAGCGUUACAUCGUCAACUGAAACGGUACCUGUUACCGAAUCUACUACUACAGGAAAUGGGAUAACCACAGAAAGCCCAUUAUCUUCAACCUCAACGUCAUCAACCAUUACGUCCUUGCCAGGAGAGGAUGUCAGCACAGAUACCACCGAGGCACCGGCGCCCUCAACCACGGUCUCAGUCCCAGUCAUAACUUCAUCUGCGGAGACCUCAUCAUCGUCUAGUAGUUCAACGCCGCUUAUAGACCCCCCUCUGCCCCCAAUUAGUAUAACGCCACCCUUACCUCCCCUAGCUUCACCCACUACUGUCUCGCAAGCCGAACCGCCUCCUCCGCCACCACAUUCUCCUACCCCGGUAGAUAACCUGCCGCCUCCGCCGCCGGCGGAAACUUCAUCAUCGGAUUCUCCACCUUCAUCAUCCUUCACGUUGCCUGUAUCUCUACCAGGACAUCAAGAGCCAUCGUCGACAGUUCGAACUUUCCCAGGGCAUCAAGAGUCGACCUCGAUAGUCGGAACUCUCCCAGGACAACAGGACUCGACCACGAUAACUGGAACCCUUCCAGGGCAUCAAGAGUCGACCUCAAUGGUUGGAACCCUCCCAGGGCAUCAAGAACCAACCCCAACGGGGGACCCUAAUGGACCUAGUGCCACCUUCACUCUUCCGACCUGGUCGACGGGUCCUAAUGACCCGCCUUCAUCAACAUCACUACCAGACCCUCCAAAUCCAGGGCCCACACACCCAGAUCCUCCGCCAACAGACCCUACGGAGACUUUCCCUACGGAGACUCUACCUACGUGGGUCCCACCUACACUAUCAUCGACCAUUUUAACAUUGCCUACUGAAAAUUUGCCUACACGACCAUUCCCCGGAGGAUCCGGCCCGGAUUCGUCUACCACAUCGUCUACGACUCUUCCAUUUUCAAGUUCCGUAGACCCUUCCGGGACAACAACAGAUCCGCCCAAGGCCACCACGCAUCCACACACUAGCACGUCUAUCAUAGAAACCUCGAGUACAAGUACUAGUCUUCCAGAAAAUGAGCCUAGUUCUACCCGUCCGGGUUCUCCGACUGAACCAUUGAUAUCGGCGAAACAGUCAUUUUCCAGCACCUCGAAAAGCACUAGCAUGUCUUCCACAUUUAACAUAGCCAUGGCCACCAAUCCAAUCUACACCAGUGUGCCACCUAGUAUCCCAGAACCUAUCGCAACAAUUACCGUCCCUCCUGAUGCGCGGCCACCACCUCCACCUAUUACGACAACGAUAACAACUUCGGUGUCGCAUCUUAGUGGAAUUCUGAUCGCAACUACUUUUGUGAGCAUUAUAGAUUACGGUGUCAAAGAACACGUGGAUCCUUUGACAAAUUUAGUCACCGUGUAUACGGGUGCCGAUGGUAAAUCAACGACGCGGACAAUCCUUGCGCAAAUGUCUUCCCAUUCGGGCUCAGUUUUCCUCUGGCCGCCCUCUCGGACGGUCCUCACGGAUUACCAAGGAAGAGCAACGAAAACGGUUGAUUAUUAUAUCAGCAUGACCACCCAAGUCUUGAGAGAUAAGAAUGGUCACCCGACGGCUACCCGGACUUCUUCAAUUAAAGAAACUGUAUCGCUCGUAACCCAUUUCGAUAGCAACGGCGUUGCAACAGAGACGGAAACUGAACUUGUUCCAAUGUCCUCAACAAUUACUACCUUGGUCACAAUACCAACCUUGACGGUCUCACCAAGCUCGAAAGAAAAUAAAACCUUGCACUUAAUCCCGAUCUCAAACGGAAAAUAUUUCUUGGGCCUCAUGUUUCCCACUUUCGUCGCGAUCCUGGUGUCAAUUCCGAUCCGAAUUAUUGACCACACGGCGAAGCUCUAUCAACCAUUCCAUGCCCUUGUGUCUUCUCGAGGUGUUAAACCAGGAGCGAAAGCCUGUGAUACAUUAUGCUUCCCAACCGCUAGCACUUGGAGCCUGAAAGCACGCGUUCGCUCGUUACUCAAUGGACAGGCUCUCCUUACUCUGACAGGACUAUUAGUGUUAGGAAGCGUCAUCAUGAUUCCCUUGAGUUCCGAAGCUAUUGGAAUAAUUUUAGAAAACCCAGACUGUGCGACAACGAAAGGAGACACAUUAACUUGCUCGAUGGCGCUCGGUGUCUACACGGCACGGGCACAGAUAGCUGUAGCACUUCUCGCAUUUAUGGUUAUCCUCGUCGGGUUAGUUAUUGUCGUACUUCGCAAAUGGAACACUGGAGUCAAGGAGAAUCCAUGGAGUUUAAUCUGCAUGGUACACCUCGCCGCUAAUAACGAAAUCAAGACUCUAGUACAAAGACGCCUACGUGAAAAGAAUGGUCAGAUUUCAAACUGUCAACUGAAUAAAGCCUUCAAGGGAAUAUCAUUCGUUCUUAAUUAUUGGGAGGAUAAUGGAGACCUCAAAUACAGCAUCCUGAUUCCAAAUGAAGCCCAUUCAUUGAAGAAGGCUGGCAAACCUCGGAAAGACAAGGUUUCGCGGCAUCAAACGAAGGGCAACACGAUGCCUUUCUUCAUCCUUACGUGGGCCGGAAGGCUUAUGUUCCUAGCUUUACUAUGCGCCGUGGAGAUUGGCCUACUGGUGUAUACUAUUACGGGCGAUGGUCAAGGAUACGUCCAAUUCAUGAUGGGCAGAUGGCGUGUUGUGCGAUUUAUCUUUACCUUUGUCGGCGUCAUAAUCUCGCUGAUUUGGGACAUAUUCUUUCAAGCUGUUGCCUUUCUUAGCCCCCACAAACUGUUUCAUCGUAUCCGACUAUAUCAUGGGGACGCCGGAAAGAUGACACCUCCAACCGAUGCUUUCAGCGGUAUUAGAUCCUCACUGACGCCCGGACGACGAGAUGUUUAUCUAGGCAUCGUUUCAGUCACGUCCAUUUUGUCCGAAAUUCUACCCUUGCUUCUUAGCAUAGCGUUGGACAAGUGCACAGAAACCUUCUGGGCACAUACGGUGUGUCUUUGGAUGGCCGUUAGUCUUCUGAGCGUAAUGAUCUUUACGGUGGCUGGUUCCUUUUUCGUCUCAUGGCCACAUAUGCCUAUCGACCCGAGCAUAAUUGCCGGUGGCAUAUAUUACGCUCUGACCAGGUACAUGCCCAUGAGCCCAUCAUCAGGACUGCUUUUUGGUCGAGCAAGUCCUGGAAUAGUUUGAUAAAAACAGAACCUAACUCUAAGCUCACAAAUGGCAACAGCAAAAAUACAUUUUAAAUGGAGAAUUUCUUCCUUAUAGUACCUAAUCUAGUGCACUAUUUACAUUGAGCUACUUCGCGGCGUCUACGUGUUUGUAUCUGAGACCGUUCUCGUCACGGUAAACGCCGAUCUUGGUUGCCUCAUCUAGGUCCUCUUUUGGUAGACCUAAAAUGUCAUUGGCAAGACCUCCACGUCGAGCCUCGAAGU